AUGAACCGUCGAUCGCUCCAGGAUAUCAUCGUACAAUAUCCUAUUGGGACUGGACUUGACGGCUUCCGCGCUAAAUUCAAAGCCCAAGAAGACGCGUACAAUGACGGUGACCUAACUGUCCAAAACUCACUCAACAAAAAUCUUAUCGGUACACUACUGCUCAACGACACCCCUAGCCUGCUUCGUUCUUCCUCUGGGAGAAGAAACCUCGACGAUGAUCUUCAUCACCUCCUUGGGUUGAUCCUUAAUUCAAACUACGACAUCAGCCGUGUCCGAGGUCUCAUAAAUGCGGUCGUCAACGAGAAGGAUGACUUCGAGAUCUGGAGUGCAGUCUGCGGAUUCUUCGAACCGAGGACCCCAGAAAACCAAAUACUCAGCACUGACGGCACGCCAAAUCGCAGUUCGCACAGGGGCGAAGUGCUGACAGCACUGUAUGAACGCUGGACUACCCCAUACAUUGGCAGCUCGAUCCACGUUUUAGACAAUAUGCUCAAGAACCAUGACCGAACAAUGCAAGAAACCAACCCAGAACAGUAUUACGGAAAGUCAGUGGUAUUCGUCCAGAGUAGUGGCAUGGGUAAAUCGAGAUUAGCAGAUAAAUUUGGCGAAACCAAUCUCAUGAUCAAUUUCGUCCUUCGUGAACCGGACACCACAGGAUAUCCCCCCGCUGAUCCCGAAAUUCUACAGUUCAUGCGCUCAACUAUGACAGUAGAGGACAAAAAUACGAUCAACAAAUCACCAACAGCCAAGACUCUUCCUCGCGAAAUAGAGGACAUGAUUUGGUACCACUCUCUUGCCUUCGGACUGCUCCAGGCCAGUUUCGAAAAGCUUCAAGAUUGGGUCAUGGAACAAAAGGAAAUGACCUCAGAGGGGCUUGCGGCUGAAAGGCAUGCGCUAAUGGCACCUUACCCACCAGAUCAGGGGAAUGGGGUCUGGGAGAAACGAAGAACCGACCGCGUCAAAUUCUGUGGUGCGGUAGCCAAAGAAGCAAAAGUUCAUGCCUCUAAGUUGAUUCAGAAUCAGCAGUGGAGACGGGCAUUCCGUGACACGCAAGACUCUCAAGUCCGCAGAAACCUGGAGACCGAAACCCUUGUUGAUGCUCUGGAGACAGCCGCCAAUAAUCUUACGACUGCGCUUGCUAAAUUUAAGUGCAAAUCAAACAAUCCGCCUCUGGUGGUCGUAUUUGAUGAGGCUGGAUCACUUCUGAAGGAUCCAAGUAACCCUAGCAUCGUAAAGCCUGGACUCUACCACGCCCUCAAUCGAGUCAUCGGCUUGCUUAAGCGUCAGCACAUAUGGUUCUUUUUCUUAUCCACAGAAUCUCACGUGCGGCAGCUUUUACCUCCAGACAACGAGAACCGAACUGGCAGUUACGUAAAUGACCCAUCCGCUCGUCUCGGCUACCCACCUAAGUUGCUAUCGCGCUUCCCUCCGUUUCUAGCUUUUCAACUUGACAUUGAAAACGAAAAUAGAAUGGCAAAUGGCACUAUGGACGAGGAACUUAAGAAGAGUUUUUCCAAAUUCACAGAAAUGGAACACAUGGCAAUGUUUGGCCGACCACUAUGGCACGGAUAUAAAUUGUCCGAUGUGCAUGAUUUAGCCCAAACCAAGCUCACUGGGGGCCAAACUUGUUACAGCUCUAAGAACGCCUAUCACGUGUUUUCGGUGCUGUCCGUUCGUGUCUCUUUGGACGUUUGCCUACAAAACCCAAGGGGGAUCGAACUCGCAAGAGUUGCUGUCGAUUCCUACAUGAGAGUUGCCAUUAAUAUGAACACGGAGUCAGGGAUUAUGUACACGGACACCCCAUCUGAGCCAGUCCUCGCGAAUGCAGCAAUGUCUCACUUAUGUCAAAGCAGCUCAUCCUGGUCUAACAGUAUCGACACCCUUACCAGUGAACUCCUCAAUGAAGGUUUAAUCGAGAAAGGUCUUAAAGGGGAACUCUAUGCGCGUUUGAUGUUAAUCCUCGCUCGCGACUCUAUUUGGGUCCAAGUUCGAUCUAAAGUUCGACUUGAAACAAUACCGCAAUCAUUCACCGUCCGCCAAUUCUUAAUCGCGUUAUACGCCAAGGAGCAUCAUCAGAUGAUAAAAAAGUGGAUACCAGAUGCAUUGCUUACCGCUAAGAUGAACUUUAAUCAUUUCACCGUCGCUCGUGGAAUGAUUGAACGGGAACACGAUUUACCCAAAAUAUGGCAUGAAUUGUUACGGCGCAACGCCGGGAUGCAGUUUGCUUAUAACCAGCCAACAUACGAUAUCAUGAUCCCUGUCUACUUCGGCAUUGAGACGGACGAUUUCAAGGAUUCAGACUGUGGAGCCAUUCUUAUUCAGGUUAAGAAUAAAAACACAGCCACGACACCAAAGAAGGUGUUCGGUGAAUCGUUCCAGGAAAGUACCGAUACAGCCCAUAAAGCCAAGCCUAAUGACAAGGGUGGCGAUAAAAGUCAGCGCGGACCGUAUUUCAUCUUCAACGAGACAAAACACCCAAUCUUGGCCUUAAUCUUUGAUCUCGGCGUUGAAAAAGCCCCAUGGAACCGACUUGUCCGGCUUCACAGGAGUGAGAUAAAUCACCCUCCUGUCUGGGUUAUCCAUUCCUUCGGGCACAGUGAGCAGGUUUUUGGCUGUUUGAAGAAUAUGAAUUGCGAUGACAUCGCCACCCACGGAUUCUUUGAUGCCCUCAGCCCGUCAAAAAAUGAUCAUGACAAGCUAUGCGAGCGAAACAUAUUGUUCUCCGAAGCGAAAUUGACGGAUACAUUUCUGAACAAAGAGAAGAGCGAAGAGGAAAAUGUUGAAGAUGGAGACACCGAAAUGGGGGAUGCGUGA